AUGGAGUCCGGUGUUUAGAGUGCAAAGGCGGUCGGUCUUCACCGGGAGCUCCACCGCGGCGCUGCUUUUCUCGGUGUCCGCGAAUGCAGGCGGCGACGCUCCGGGACGCAUAAAGCGCGACGCACACAUGCUUUAUAUGAGCCCGAGCCCUCGAGCCUCUUGAAUGCAUUUAGGGCACGGACAGAACGAUGUGAUUGGACGCAGGAGAUUCCCAAAGACAGGCCGCUUUCCAAAUGGAAUUGCUCUUCAUAAUGUAGGACAGGAGAGUUGGACAGCAGCUGCACACAAACCCUUGCACCGGGGACCAUGGAGCCCGAGGACGAUCUCUCAACUGGGGACCCCCAAGAUCUGAUGUCCAGCCAAGCUCUACUGCCUUCAACAUCCACAUCCUUACUAAACUGCUCCUUUCUGGGGGAGUUACUGAAUUGUGACGACAUUGAGAAGGGUGAUGGAAGUGGAGAUCCAGAAGGUCCAAACUGCUUUUUCUCCACACUGGAGAAUUGUGAUAAAACACAGAGAACUCUACGAUCUUCAGCCUUCCCCUCAUCUCUCACAUGGGACUCGGACUCAGAGAAAGAAACCUUGGAUGAGGAAGAUCUUCAGCACUUUUCUAACCCUCAUGGUCUGGCUGCUCACAGCCCGGGAUGUCCCACCUCUGGACAACAUCAAGAAAGAUUUGAUUCUGAUCUGUGCCAAGAACCUGUGGAAACCGAGCACUUAUUUCUUGAGAAGGUCCCACUUGCACCUCUGGAGGUUGAGAAUCAAGAUGAUGUUACAUGCAAGGAGCCAAGAACUACAGACUCCAGCCUACUGAAACAUACAGCAAAACGUAAAAUAAAAACUUUAAUGGAACAAGACAAAGUAAGCAGCCUACCAGGUACUAUGCCAAAAAAGGGUUGCCAAAAGGCAGACAAAGAUAAGCGGAAAGUGCUUAAUCGUAAAGGGCAGGAAGAGAAGAGCACCAAAGAGGCAGAUGUGUACACCUUCCCUGGAGACUCUGAGCCAGAGAGCCCACCACCUGGACCUUGGGCACAUUGCACUUUCAUCCAGCGCAGAAGGAAAAAGAGGGCCAUACUAAGGCCUUUCUCUGGCUUGAGCAACUGUCAACAAACUACAGGAACUGGCAAAAGAACACGAGGAAGACCCCCUGGUAAAGGGCGUAACAAAACCACAAAGGAUCGACAAGCAGUGCUCGAAUUUACAGAAGAAAAAACAGAAAAGGUACGGGGAAGGCAGAAGUCAGUAGUAGACCAGCCACUUGAUGGAAGCCCUUCCCAAGAUAUUUUCACAUGUGUAGAAUGUAGCAUUUACUUCAAAAAGCGUACCCAUCUUUGGGAACACAUGCAAGAGCACGGCCAGGUCAAUAGAUCUGGGCAAAAAUGGCAAAGUGGAGCAAAAGAAGCUUGGAGCGGACAUCUUAAUAAAAAAGCUUUUGAAUGUAUAGAGUGCGGUCAAGAGUUUUUAGACAAGGUACUGCUGCUAGAUCAUAACCGACGCCAUGAGGAGUCUCGACAGAAAAUUCUAGAAGAGAUUGGUAAAUUAAAUGAGGGGGACAAGCAGAUGGGAGAGCAAGCCAGCUGCAGUAAUGUAUUGGAGCCAGUCAUCCAAAAGUCAGCAGAGGUCAGUGGUGGCCAGUUGGUUUGUCUUAAGUGCAACUUUAGCUCUGAUGUGCCUCAAGAGCUUUCUGAGCAUGCCAAGACUCACACUACCCGCAAAAGAGCUGGUGUCUAUAGGACUUCACCCAGAUUCCAGCAGAGGUCCUGCAAGAAAGCACAGGUCCAGUCCUUUGCAGAUAUUACACCAACAGAUAACACUUCACCUCCCAACAAGAGAUACCCCAUCCGAGCAUCCAAAAAAACUAAAGAAACUCAACCCAGCAUUGGCUCUUCGCAGGACACUUGUCAAAGUGCUUCGGCGGCCACAGGAAAAGAAGACACAGAUCAGCUUGUUAAAGUAAACCUGCAAGAAAAUACAGACUCUGCAGAGGAGGCAAGACAAACAGAACAGCCAACUGUGGAUAUUCCUAUUGAAGAGAAUGUUCUGGAACCUCACCAUCUCAUUUCACCUUCUUCAAAUCCAAGGACUGUUCCAAGGCGUAAAGAUGUGGCAUUCAAGAGCAUUGGGAAUAAACGAGGUCGAGGUGGAAGGGGCCGCAGGAGAGGGAGUACAAGGCUUGAUUAUAGGUCCAACCUAAAUACUGGUGUAAAAACACAGGUCCAAAGCUCAAACCAGACUGAAUAUAUGGGCCAUGAAGAAGAUAUUCCCACAACAGAACCGGAGCAUGAUCAAACACAGGGUUCUAAAACAGGCAAGGAGUCACCUGCCACUACGUUGGAUCUCAAAGCCAGUUCCUCCACACCAAAAAAGAGCAGCAAAAAGCCGGUUGCUCACGAGGAGGAACCCAAGCUCAAAAAAGACAAAUCCGAUAGUCCUGGGAAGAUUGAAGACGACACAGCAGUUCCUGAAAAACUAGUGGUGGAGGAAUAUGAUGAUGAUGAUGAAUAUGAAGACGAUGAAGAUGUUGUCAGUCGUCUAAUUGGUGCAUUAACUGAGGAAGAUGACGAUGAUGAUGAUGACAGAGAUGGGUUGUUGAAGAGUGUGGAAAGAAAAUGCCCUUAUUGUCCAGAUCGAUUCCACAAUGGCAUUGGACUAGCCAAUCACAUAAGGGGUCACCUGAACCGAGUGGGCGUCAGCUACAACGUUAGGCACUUCAUCUCCCCAGAAGAAGUUAAUGCCAUCGAGAAGAAAUUCUCAUACCAGAAAAAGAAGAAAAAAGUUGCCAACUUCGACCCGUCGACCUUCAGUGUAAUGCGGUGUGAGUUCUGCAGUGCCGGUUUUGACACCAGGGCUGGUCUCUCCAGUCACGCUCGAGCCCAUCUUAGAGACUUUGGCAUCACCAAUUGGGAAGUCACGGUAUCUCCCAUUAAUAUUCUCCGACAGCUUUUUGCCAAGCAUCCAAAUCUUGUUCUACCCACUGCCUCCACUCAUACUCUGCAGUCAAGUCCAGAGCAAAACUCUGAUGAAGAGCAAGAGAGCAGAAAAGAUAUGAAGGAUGAGGACGACAUGACAGCAGAACCUGACACUUUUUCCUCCGAAUUUCUGAAACAGUGCUGGAAAGAAGAGCACGAUAUCAGUGAACCAGAGGGUGGGGAGGGGGCAGAGGAUGAGGAGGAGGAGGAAGACGACGACGAAAUCCAAAUGCCCCUUGCAGAGAAGUUGUCCACAAGUCCAGGACAAAAGGCACUGUUUUCUUUAGAGGAAGAGAGCCCUGAAUCCAAAGACCCAGAUCCCAGAGGCUCCAACCUGUUGAAAUGCAGUGUUUGUGGUGCUACCUUUGAGACACGUCGUGGUUUGUCUACCCAUGCCCGCUCUCAUCUGCGGCAGCUGGGGAUCGGCAUGUCAGAGAACAGCAGAACGCCUAUUAAUCUCCUCUACCAGGUUACCAAGGAUCAUUCCAGAGAUGCAAAAUCACCUACAAAGCCCAAAAAGCCCGUCCCUGUUCCUGUACCCAGCCCCAUGAAAGACAUUGAAACUGAAGAAGGACUGUCGGACACAAAGCCUCCUGUCAUGUUCUCAGUUGCGAGUUCUGCUAUUAAAGUUUCCCCUUCUCCAACUACUCCAUCUACAGCUGGCUCUCUGCCUUCCUCUCCAUUUGUAAAGUCUCGGUCCCCUUCCCCGGUGCUAAGAAAGGCUCCCAUAUCUUCGCUGCUACCUGUGUCUUCCCCACUGCGAUCCCAGGAGCAUAAGAUCUUAGGAAAGAGCCAGUCUGCAAACCUCUCCGGUCCAACUAAACCAUUCUGGGCACCACAGGAGUCGGACGCCCCGUUGAACCUUACCAUGGACAUGGACUCUAAAGACAUUAUUUGCCAGCUGUGUGGUGCAUGGUUUGAAACCAGAAAAGGCCUCUCGAGUCAUGCUCGUGCCCAUUUGCGGCAUUUCGGGAUUGAGUACUCUGAAUCCAAGGGCUCCCCCAUUGACCUGCUCAACCGGUUCAUCUUAACUGAUGACUUUAAGCACAGAGCCAAUUCUUUUCUCUCUGAUGGUCCUGAAGACCUGAGGUCCCAGAAGACCAGCAUGACCUCCCUUUUACCCUCCACUUCGUCCUCUAAGAGACCUCUUUCCUCCAGCCCUGUUUUAUAUAAAACAGCAGCCUCCUCUUUGAGGACAACCAUUGGCUCCAAAGCUACCUCAUCCACCCACACCCUACUGGGCCCACCGCAGAAAAAGCUGAAACCCUCCGCUUUGCAGGUCCUUCGUUUCAGUGGUGGAGAAAUGAUGUCCUUUCCUAUAGAGCCGUUGAAAGAUGUGAGCUGCGAGUUCUGUGGAGAACUUUUCGAGAACCGCAAAGGCCUCUCCAGUCAUGCUCGUUCCCACCUGCGCCAGCUUGGGAUCACCGAAUGGUCUGUGAAUGGGUCACCUAUUGAUACUCUAAAAGAGAUUAUUGUACGCCGAGGCCUACCAACUAUCAUGCCUCUGAAGUCCCCCAAAUCCCCUUCUUCUCCGAGCCCAGGACUGCCACGUCACACGCUCCAGUCCUCUUCCCCAUCAGGGAAUAUUAUUGGCCGCUUGCCUUUUCACUUUGCCAAAACACCAAACCAUGACCAGCCUACUAUCCACAAAAUGUCACCCUCAACAUCCGCCACCAGUUCUCCACCAAUAGUGGACCUGGUUAAACCAAAACCAGAGCCUGAAAUUGUGGAAGUUACCAUGAAAGGAUCAGACAUGGGAGCAGAUGAACACUACAGCCCAGAGCCACUACAUUCCAGUUUAAUCUCUUCAGAUAAUGUUUAUCCAGUCAACUUGAUUAUGACUCAGGAGAAGGAGCCUUCGCGUGAUAUUCGCUGUGAGUUCUGCGGUGAAUUCUUCGAGAACCGCAAGGGUUUAUCAAGCCAUGCACGCUCACAUUUAAGACACAUGGGCAUCACAGAGUGGUCCGUGAAUGGCUCACCCAUCGACACACUGUGGGAAGUCAUGAGGAGACAGGGCAGCACUCCUGCAUCGGUUGCUUUGGGCAUAAAGGAGGAACCAGGACAAGAUGGUGGGAUUUCAUUGAGCAGUCCAGGCUAUCAGUCCUCUGCCCUGUCCCGAAAAUCACCUCUAAAUCUGCUCCAUUCUGGUUCACGGCUGCAUAAGCACGGGCUGGGAAGCAUAGGCCAUUCCCCUGCUUUACCUUUGGGGAAACUUUUUGGAGUUCAUCCACUAAAGAAGAAGGUGCUAGUAGAGGAGAAACAGCCCGGAGAAAAGACACUGCUUGUGCAAUCAAAAGACUUCUCAUCUCCCCCACAGGACUAUUCGUUUAAGGGUAAAACCUCAGCUGAGAAGCAUGGAGUAGGCCAAUUGGAUCCCAGUUGUGAGCUCUGUGGAUUCUACUUUGAGAACCGGAAAGCGUUGGCCAGUCAUGCUCGAGCACAUUUAAGACAGUUUGGCGUGACCGAGUGGUGUGUGAAUGGUUCGCCUAUUGAGACGCUGAGUGCCUGGAUACGCAGCCGUCCACAAAAGGCAGCAGAGAUGCAGCAGAGUUAUGCGCAAGGAGUCCGCUAUGCCCAAAAGAAAAGGUGCAGUUCUGUCAUCUCACCGUCCUGUGACUCUGACCCUACAACACACAUUUCCCAAAAGCCCACUGUUGCCAAAUGGGCGUCUCUCACUUUGCCUCAGAAAAGGGCAAUUGGACGGGACGCCAGCAGUUGUUCCUGGGGAUUGUCUUCACGGGGAGCGGACGCAAAAAGCAGGAGUGCAAGUUCCGCUCAGCAUGGCCUUAUUUCGCAGCCUGCCGGUCAUCAUUCCAGCAACGCACUUCCACAUUCACAAGUGGCCCACAGUGAACUCAACGUGCGCUUGCCACGAGGAUUCGAGAGACGGCCUCCUAAACACCCAUCACAUGCUGAAGGUGGGGAGGGAGAGAGCGGCCCCCCAAAGCCUCGUUCCAGUACCGUUCCUGCUCUUGUGCCAAAGCCCCCCUCCACCCCACUGGUUAGGCUUGUGGGUAAAAUUUACUCGCUCAAGUGCCGGUUCUGUGACGUGGAGUUUCACGGUCCUCUCUCAGUACAGGAGGACUGGAUCAGGCACCUACAGCAGCACAUCCUCAACCUGAACUACAAGAAGACUGAACCACCCGCAAACGACACUCCUGCCAAAAGCGACACUCCUGCGCCCAAACCCCAGGUCUCAGCUGCUACCUCCACGUCCACUGCAUCCACAGCCCCAGCCGCUGCCCCGUCCACACCGUCCCCCAAAUCCCCCACAGCUACACCCGCUUCCGCCUCCAACUUCAGCCAAGCUUCCACAGCACCAUCACCUACUAAUUAAUUUGUAUUCGUAAUCUCCAUUCCUUGUUUGUAAAGAUCACUCAUCUUUGAAUAUCUGUGAUCAAAGGAAGAUUUAUUUUGGGGAAUGGUCUCAGCUAGCGACCCACUUACCCUGACCUACAUCGUGAGCGUCUGUUAUGAUUGAGGAGUGAGGUAGGUGUGUUGCCAUGACAGCUCUCUUCUGACUGAUCCUUAUUUAUGAACAGGAAAAGAGUCGCUUACAUUUGGUUUUGCUUUGAUAAGGGGUAUAUGGUGUUUGUAAGUACAGUUCUGUAAGCUACCUGGCCAGCAAAAACAGCUGUCGUUAAAAAAAGGAACUUCUAACACUACAGCCAAACACUUUACCGGAUGUAUUGUGUAAAUUGUUGACAUAUCUAAGAAUAACAAUCAGAAAGAUGAACGUAAAACUUAACCUAAAAUGGUUUCACUAUGAAGCACUUAAAUGAAAGCAGCCCCCCCACCCCCCUUUGUAAGAAAGCUAAUCUGUUCAUUUUGUUCACAGUUUGUGACUGUGAUAAUUGAGUAUAAGCUUACACUGCCAUGCAGUUAUCAAAAAAAGAGACAUUUCAUUCGAACAGAUGGGUUCAUGACAUGCCUUUUCUUUCCUGUCAAUAAUGCGGUUUUGAUGUUUAUAUUCUUAUUUGAAUCUUGCUGCUUAAAGGGAUAGUUCACCCCAAAUUUAUUCAUCCUCUAAUUGUUCCAAACCUGUUUCUUUCUUCUGAUGAAGCACAGAGGAAGAUACAGUAUAGACCAUUUCAAUGUGGCGAUGUCACUGGCCCAUGAAUAUUUCCUGCAUAUUGUCAAACUAUUUCGUAACUGUUAAAAGAGGGUUGAAUUCUAUCAUAAUUCAGCUAUCAUAAUGUUAUUUAUCAAUAUGUGGACCUUUUUAGAUCCUCAGAAGCUAUGGAAAUGAAAACAUGUAAAACAGGAAAUAAGUUAGUACCAUUGUGUUUGUUUACAUCCCUCAAAAUGGUCUAUACUGAAUUAUAUACUUCCAUAGUUUUUGUUCCUGCUAUGGAUCUCAGUGGCUGCUUGUUUCCAGCGUCCAAAAUAGGUUGUGUUCAACAGCACAAAGAAUCAUUUAGAACCACUUGAGCGUUAAUAAAUGGUGUGGAAAUUAUAAUUUUGGGUGAAUUAUCCAUUUAAAGUGUGUUCACACUGGUUCAUUUGGUCGAGUUUAGUGUUAUAUUUUUUUGCCUGGCAUUCUGUCAUUUUAAUGACAAAACCUAAAGAUAACAAAAUUAAUAGGAUGUAUAUUUUAAACUUGCCUAACAUCCCAAAACUGGGAUCCACUUGUGAUAUACACUACCUGACAAAAGUCUUGUCGCAUAUCUAAGUUUUAGGAACAACAAAUAAUAACUUGACUUCUAGUUCAUCAUUUGGUAUCAGAAGUGGCUUAUAUGAAAGGCAAAGUCCUUUAGAUUACACUUAUUUUACCAAAAUAAAAUAUGAUCAUGCCUUGAUUUUUAAUUAUUUAAUUAGGACAGGAAAGUCUCACUUUGCUUAGACAAAAGUCACUUAUGAAGUCAUGGUGCAGUGGAAAAAGAGUUAAUAGUGUGUUUGACUCCCAUGAGCUUAGAGGACUGCAUCCAUACAUCUCUGCAAUGACUUAAAUCACUUAAUAAAGUCAUCUGGAAUGGCAAAGAAAGCGUUCUUGCAAGACUCCCAGAGUUCAUCAAGAUUCUUUGGAUUCAUCUUCAAUAAUGUUCAUGUCUGGUGACUGGGCUGGCCAAUCCUGGAGCACUUUGACCUUCUUUGCUUUCAGGAACUUUGAUUCUGUUGAAGUAUUUGCCCUCUACUGUGGUUUGUAGUGUAAUGGGCAGCACAAACGUCUUGAUACCUCAAGGGUUUUGAUGUUACAGAUCUCUCGCACGCCCCCAUACUGAAUGUAACCCCAAACCAUGAUUUUUCCUUCACCAAACUUGACUGAUUUCUGUGAGAGUCUUGGGUCCAUGCGGGUUCCAAUAGGUCUUCUGCAGUAUUUGUGAUGAUGGGGAUGCAGUUUAACAUCUACCUUCUGCCACUUUUCUAAAUGAUCAACUUGAAGUCAAGUUGAAGUCAAGUCUAUAUUGAAAUGUUCAAACUGUUUUGUUUGUUUAGAGAUUUUUGUUUUGUGUUGCCUUUCAUAAUUUAGUCUUACCACAUUAUCGAGGUUGUUUAGAAGUGGACGAAGACCAGUCUUUCAUAAACGUGAACUUGAGUAAGGGCAGCACGGUGGCUCAGUAGUUAGCAAGAAGGUUGCUGGUUCGAGUCCUGGCUGGGACUCUUUGUGGAGUUUGCAUGUUUUCCCCAUGUUGGCGUGGGUUUCCUCCAGGUGCUCCGGUUUCUCCCAUAGUCCAAAGACAUGCGCUAUAGGUGAAUUGAAUAAGCUAAAUUGGCCAUAGUGUAUGUGUGUGUGUGUGUGUGUGAAUGCAAGAGUUUAUGGGUGUACCUGCAUUGGGGCUGGAAGGGCAUCCACUGUGUAAAACAUAUUCCAGAAUAGUCGGUGGUUCAUUCCACUGUGGCCACCUCCGAAAUAGAGACUAAGCCGAAGGAAAAUAUAUGAAUGAAUUAGCUUGAGUAAAUUUUAAUCAGACCAAACAUGCCAUGUGUGAACACACACAAACGAGUUAAUGAUCAAAUAUGUCUCCAACCAAAUGCUGCUAAAUAUUUAAAAUAAGCUAAGCACACUUAGUUCAAUGCAUCGUUUUAGCACAUGACCAACAUUUGUACAAAAUGAGCUUGGAAAAAUUCUGAACAUGCGUAUUUACGCCUUUGUUGCCAUUUCAUAGGGCUCGUUACUUUGUAGCGCGUUUGCACAAGCUUCGCUUAAUCCUAGAUUGCUUCAUUUUCACUGCAGCUUUCUCGCUAAUUUGUAGCUCCAAAUUGACGUAGCGGUCUAAAAAAAUUGUCUUAUUGUUUCUUUUUGAUCAGAUAAUGAUAAUAACAUAGCCUUGCGUAUUUUAGGCUCACAAAAGUCACCUUCUUUGCGUAUGUAUUUCAAAUUUUAUGGCCCAUUUGAAUGUGGAAAAAACGAAUUGGCUAAACUUCAUUUGAAUGUUUAACAAGAUUUAAAAGUUGAUGCACUUUUAUCUGUGAUAAAUCAAGGAGCGUUUGUGUGUUUAAUGUAUAUAUGAAUAUAUAUAUUUUGUUUUUCUGAGCAUUAAAUGCCUGUGUACGAUGCUUUUUUUCUGAACAAGGUUUCCCUCUACCGAUUUUUGCAAAGAAACAAAAGCUAGACAAGAACUUUCCCGAACUGUAUAAAUUCGCCAGUGACAGAAUGUGCCAAAGAGAGCGUCACAUGUCUCGGUAGCUUUAGCUUUUGCACAUUUUGUGCAAAUCCGUUGUUUUGUCUUUGAGAAAACAAGAUGGCGGCAGCUUUCGGAUUUGCUUCCGAUUAUAAAGAAAUCGACGAAUGAGUAUACAAGUACACCAUACUCAUGGUCCAAGAACUGACUUAGGAUUUUUACAGCAAAUACAGUGACUGCCUCCCGAACAUACCAGUGCUUUUUGGUUCAAUUUCCAUAUCUGCACAGGGAAGCAAUGACAAACCGAUCCAGAAUGGAUGUUUGUUGCAGCUUUUCACAACUUAACUUUGACUGUUAGGCUUUUAGUAUUCCAAAAGGGAAUAUCAUUGAUAUAUCUAACCUAACAUAUGUAUAGAUGAGAAAAAGAAGAAGAUAUUAACUCUUUAACACUUCAGAUGUGAUCUCGUGAUCAUUGUGAGUUUCUUUCGAUUUUUAAUGCUGUGUAUUUUUUUAAUGAGACGUGCUUUCCUUUACUUGCCGUUCUGAAUAGGUCCGUGUUUUUAUUUUGUAUUCUGUCGGUUUCUCUUUUAAGAUUAAAGUUCAUCGGUGCUGAGGACGAGUGGAUGUGAAUGGGUUUUUAAAAUGAAGAUUGUUCCAAAGGGAGAUUGUCAAGUCCUGGCGCAAGGACUCUAAAAACGUGUCUUAAAUGCAACUGCUAUGUACAUGAUGUUAUUGGUUAGUUUGGCUGUUUUGCUUCGCAGCGGAAGUUCCCUGGCUGCCUUAGACUGCAGUCUCUGUACAAGUGUUUGUGUAUGAGAGAGAGGAAAACGUGACCUUUUAUUGUGGCUGAGAGAGAGAAGUGUUGACCAGAGAAAGAUUCAGGUGAAUCUGCUCUUGAAUGAAUAUCAUUAAAUGUGAUCUGAAA